CGAUAAAGCAGCCGGAAGAAAACCCUACCUGCACUCUACCUUCCCGAGCUUCCGCCUCCUCCUCCUCCUCCUCCUCUUCUCUUCUCUUCUUCUACUCUCCUUCUCUACUCUCAGUCCUCAAUUAAUCAGAAAUGGCCUCGUUCCUCCGCUCGACCGGGUCUUCUGCGCUCAAAUCCGCUUCCCGCCUCUACUCGACCUCCGCCUCUGCAUCCGCGCUCCGUCGUCCGUCGUCUUCUGCAAUUGCUCUUUCUAGCGCUGCUGUUAUUGCCGGCACUGCCUCGUAUUAUUUCUACUCGUCCAUGGCUGCGCCGAUCUCUGCCUCGUCGCCGGUGUUUACCGGCGAGUUUGUCGAUUUGACGCUCACUGAUAUCAAGAAGGUUACUGAUAGCACCAGCAUCUUCACCUUCUCCUUCGACGACAAGGACGCCGUGUCCGGUCUCGUCACCGCCUCUGCUCUGCUGGUCAAGUACGUGACUGCGAAAGGCAACAACGUCAUUCGUCCGUACACGCCCAUCUCCGACACCGAGCAGAAGGGAUCGCUUGAUUUGCUCGUGAAGGAGUACCCCGAGGGCAAGGCCUCGAAGCACAUCCACCAGCUCAAGCCCGGCGAUAAGCUCGCGAUGAAGGGACCGAUUGUCAAGUAUGCCUGGUCGGCGAACAAGCACCCUGAGAUUGUGCUUAUUGGCGGUGGUACCGGCAUCACUCCUCUUUACCAGCUCCUGCACGAGAUCAGCAAGAACCCCGAGGACAAGACCAAGGUGACCCUGGUCCAGUGCUACGUGACCGAGAACGAGAUCUUGCUGAAGGACCGCAUCGACGCGAUCGUCGCCUCGCGCCCUGAGCAGUUCAAGGUGGUGUACUCGCUCGACAAGCCUUCCGAGUCGUGGACCGGUCUUUCGGGCUACCUCACCAAGGAGUCUGUUGGUCCCUACCUUCCCUCGCCCACGGCCGACAACGUCAAGAUCUUUGUCUGCGGCCCGCCUCCGAUGUACAACGCCGUCUCGGGCGCGAAGGUCUCUGCUAGUGAUCAGGGAGAGGUCGGUGGAAUCCUGAAGGAUCUCGGAUUCACGAAGGAGCAGGUGUUUAAGUUCUAGAUGAUAUGCUAGAUGCUCUAGAUACCUCAGUCUGCACCCUCGCGGAAUAAAACGUAGCAGAACUGCACUGCACUGCGACUAUAAAAAUAUUCUCUUUUGAUUAUAAAUGCAAUC